AUGAAGCCCAACCUACACCCUGGGGGUGAGGGAACUGAAGUUCCUUUCCAGUGCAUUGUUCCACCAGGUAUUUAUUUCUCUGCUUGUUUCUUUCGUUGGGCGGAGCGCGCGGCGGCUCCUCCCUUGGGCUCGCUGAGGGAACGGACGAACGGCCGCGCGCUCCGGCGGCUCGGCAGCGGCAGCGGCAGCAGCGCCUCUCUCCAUCGGUUUUCCGCUCGACUUUCCGCUCGCUCUCCGUCCCCUUCUCCCUCUCACACUCACUCUACUGCCGUCCCGUGCCGUGCCGUGCCGUCCCUCUCAGCCUCUCCCAGCCCGGCUUAUGCCGCGUCCCGCAAGGCGCCCGUGGGCGAGUCGGCCCCCGGCCCGCCCCUGUCGGGCCUGCCGCGGUCCCACCUCGGCCAGGUUCUCUCCGCACUGCUUGUGGCGCCUCUGGAAGAGUUUCUGGAAGAGCUCCUCGCUCUGCGGGUGGCGGAGCGCCGCGGCGUCCUGCACCGCGACAUCAAGGCCGAGAACAUCGUCCUUGACCUGGCCACCGGCGAGGCGAAGCUCAUCGACUUCGGGUGCGGCACGAUCCUCCGGGACACUUUGUACACCCGAAUGUCAGGAACACCAGAAUAUCGCCCGCCGGAAUGGAUCCUCUUCGGCUGCUACCGUGGCCAGCCAGCCACCAUCUGGUCCCUGGGCAUCCUGCUCUAUAACCUGGUCUGCGGGCACCUUCCUUUCCACACCAAUGAGGACAUCAUCCGGGGCCAGCUCUUCUUCCCGCCCCGGGUGUCUCAAGAGUGCCAGCACCUCAUCAGGUGGUGUUUAUCCAUGGAUCCAGCAGACAGGCCAUCCUUGGAAGAUCUUCUUGAGCAUUCUUGGCUGCAGGACCCCCACCUGGCCCAGGAGACAGCAGAGAUCCAUCCCUCUAAACAGUGGGGGGAUCCAGGAGCCCAGCAAGUACCAGCUGCACGUGUCUCAUGGCGCUCCAAGAAAAUCCCAGAGGGUUUCCCUGCAGCUGUGGAACAGAGGAGAGAGCGCAGCCAAGAUGCUUCUGCUGGUCCCUGGCGAGUUGUGGAGGGAGCGGCUCAGUGCUCCCCAUCCUGUUGGAGAAGUCGUGACAUUGCAGUGAAGUUGCCAUGGACUGGAAAAGGGGAAACAUCCCCCUGCAGCUCAAUGGCAUCGUGAUGUCCCCGCGAGCCGAGGCGUGGCUGGCGUGUUCUUCUGGAGCGCAGCACGGAGCUGGAGAACACCAUCCUCGAGCUGCCCACUGGUUGGGCAGAGCCGAUUGGCUUUGCUUGCAGCCCCUUCCUGGAGGACACACUCUGCACCCAGAUAAAAUCAAGAUGAGUCCCCAGCUGGCGGAGGGGCGGGGGAUGCUUGUGCUUCCAGGCACGGCAGGGCUUGGUCUGGCCACAUGCCGGAGGUUCCCCGCUCAGCGGUGGUGGGGAAUAUUAAUAUUUCCUCUGGCUGCCAAGCUGCUUUUUAGCAGGGGACAGAUAUGUGUAAGGGGAGCCGGCUCCUGGCUUUGUGAACAGCUUCUGCAAGCCAGCCUGGCACCAGCUGGGGUGGGGGCAACAUGCCUGACAAAAGAAUCCAUCCAUGUGUAUGGGGGGCAGCAGAGGUGGACAGGUUCCGAAGCCAUGCCCCAGCUGCUCUGCUUUGGAAGCCUUUGAGGAAGGGGUGUUUUUAUGGGCAGGAGAGGUGGGGAUUUUCCCCACCCAUGGAAAGGUUUAAUUCUCACACGGAGUAGUCACACCCUCCCUGGCCUGUGACACAUCGAUAACCUUUGAUGCUUUUCCUUGUUUCCAGGUCUUGUUUUGAAUUGCCUUUCAUGCAAUAGUUCUUUGUUUUUUUCCAGAAGGAUUGCACUGGUACCCGGACCGGAUGGGGAAGUGCUGGCAUCGUCUGUGGACUGUGUCAAGUGCCUGCACUAGCCCUGGAGACCUCAGUCUGCAGGGACAUCUCCUUCAAGAAGGAUGAGAACCUCCUGUGGGAUCAGCUCCUCUCCUGGCAGCAGGUCUCCAGAGGCUACCAGCACUUCAUGUCAUGGAAACGGCACCGCUCGGCCUGCCAGCCUAGGAGUGCUGGGGGGCAGCAGGUGUUCAUUUGCUGUCAAAAAUUAAUUGCUUUGUUUUUGUUGUCAUCAUUGGAGUACUUAUUUAAUUUUUUCCAAGCUUUUGGUCCCCUUCCUCCCGGGCCAGCCUUCUGAGUCCUUCCUCAGCUGUUUGAUGGCAUUUGGCAGGGGGGGUUAAGUAACGUGAAAAAAUCAACAACAGCUCCUGUUGCCAACUGCAGCAUCCCUUCAAGAAUCCAGACCUGCCAGCCAGGCCCACAAGUGACUUGGAAUGGAAAAUGGUUUGCAGGGACAAAUUUGUCACCCUGCUGCAAAAGCUGGAACGAAAUCAGAAGCAGCAAAAUGCCAUUUCAGCUCAGCUCCCACCCAGUCUUCUCUCUUUCUCCUCACUCCAAGAUAGGCAGGCAGGGCUGGACUUCAGCAAGUUCAAGUUCUUUGUGCUCCCUGGCAUCAAAUGGAUCAAGUAAACUCUCUAAUGCAGUGAAUACAAUAUGACUACUAAAGGAAAAAAGGAAGUGUUGAGAGAUGGCACAUCCUUGUCUCCUUUAUCUCCCCAUGAGCCCCUCAGAAAGAUAAAUGCCUAUACAGGCCUUCUCUGACUCCUUCCCUGCCAACCCUUCCCUCACUCCAGGGUCUCAUUUGCUCUGUAGGCUUCACUGGCCCUCUAAACUCAGAGGAGCUCUGGUAGGAGAAAAUGCUGCCUGGCAUAGGCAUGUUUGACCCCUGUCUCCUCUUGAUUCCAUUCCCCCCCACCCCCCAUCAAAAAGACAAGAGAUCCCCCACAGCUCCACGCUACUGCACCGGAUCCUGGGCCUGUUCCCUUCCCUGGUCCUUGGUGGCCUUGGUGAGGCUCCUGAGCUCUCCCUGUGUGCGGGACAGCUGCUGCAGCAGCACUGCACCCAAGGAUCAGCUGUUCAAGUUCAGAGUCUGAAGCAGAAUCCCCAGUGCACACAAAUGAGAACUGGGAUUUCAGGAACUGGCAGGAGAAGCUAAAUGCGUCUGCUUGCUGCCCUUUCUAGCCAUGGCCGUGCUGAUGGAAUCGGAAGAAUUGCCCCUGCCCAGGCAGAUCUCAGGUAGAAGAUAGGAGCAAAAGCAACAUGUUUCUGAGGUGCUAGCUGCUUUUCCUUCCAAUUUAUGAAGGGUUUUGCUAUUUUUACCAUUUCAACAAUUUCUGUGCAUCCCUGCGAGCAAGUAAACACCACAAAGCCUCCCCCUCAAAGCCCUGAGGUUCUUGUUCAUGCUCUGUUCAUGCAGAACUUGUUCAUGCUCUUUUCUCUUGGUAAUUUUGAAAUCUCAUCCAGACUCUGAAAGCAAACCGAUGCUGUAGACAAAAGAUUGACCUUGGAAUCAUA